UACCAAUCAUCCUUGACCAAGACAUGGCACAGCGAGUCAUACCCUGCAAUUUCUCCCUCCCGGCCCGCGUUAUCAGCCGAGGACAAGGUCGUCGUCAUCACCGGCAGUGCCAGCGGCAUUGGCUUCAGCAUCGCACGAGCCUUUGCGGCCGCCGGGUGCACCAAGAUGGCCAUUCUAGCUCGAAAGGAGAAUAUCCUCACGAGAGCCAAAGAGUCUAUCGAGCAAGAGUAUCCAGGCACAAAUGGUCUCGCCUUGCCAACGGACAUCACGGACGGAAAGCAACUCACCAUCGCGUUUACCACGGUCGCCGAGUCUUUUCGCGCUAUUGACAUCCUCGUUUGCUCGGCUGCGUACAUGCCUGCCAGCGCCCCGGUACUCAGUCCCGAGUGUGAUCUGGAUAGUUGGUGGAACACGUUUACUACCAACGUCUUGGGUGUGAUGAAGGUAGCCCGGGCAUUUGAACCCCAUGCCGCUGAGGGAGGUCAAAUCUUGAACAUUGCUACGGCACUGGCCACUCUGCCGCCAUUGCAGCAUGGUCUGUCGUCGUACGCUGCUAGCAAGGCGGCGGCAGCUAAGGCUUUUGACUGCAUCGCGCUGGAGAACCCUCACUUGAAAGGUCGUUCAACGUCCGAUCUCGUCUUGUAG